GGGCAAAACCAUCGACGGUGGCGCGCUUCGAAGCCACAUCUACCGGAUUGGUGCGGUUGCGUACAAUCUUGUCCAUGGUGGCGCGGGGAUGGAUACAUAUAGCAUUGAAGAUCGUGCCUUCACUGACCUACUCACUAGCCGCUACAAGGACGGUGACGGCGUUGGACUAUUUGACUUGACUGGUUUAAAGUGGGACCAGUUUAUGAACAAAGACGUGAAGGAGGUUGAAGGGGUAUCAUAUUUUGUCAUUGAUGCUCUUUCGCGUGAGAGCUCUAGCUCUCAAACCAAAGCCUAACGUCGAAGCAGGUCAUUAACUUACUCG